AUGGAGUUACCGUUUAGACCCGUGUGGUUUUACCUCACCACGUUGACCUUACUCACUCUCACCACCACAGGGACCCCGUCUCUCACCAACAUCACCCUGGGGGGUCUGUUCAGCCUGGGGGGUUCCGGCUCCGACUGGGAUGGUACAGCUAUUCUGAAAGCGGCUGAGAUGGCCUUGAUGCACGUCAACAGCGAUCCUGAUGUACUGCCGGACUAUUUCCUCAACAUCGAUACCAAAAACUCAAAGUGCCGGCCUGGAGAUGGAAUGAAAGGAUUCUUUGAGCUUCUUUAUGAAGAGCCAACUAAAAUGAUGAUUCUUGGGGCAAGCUGCUCGGUGGUGUCACAGCCUGUAGCAGAGACUAGCCAACACUGGAACAUGGUACAGGUUUCGUCAAGCUCCGCAUCCGACGCCUUAUCGUUCCGGGGCCGUUUCCCGUACUUCUUCCGGACCAAUCCGGCCCAGUCCGGACUCAAUGCUCCCCGGAUCGCAAUCAUGAAGGAGUUUGGGUGGAAGAGAAUUGCAGUCAUACACGACAACAAUGAGUACUUCACAACUGCAAUAAAUAAGUUUUCCGAAGAUUUAGCCGUACACAAUUUAACCCUAGUCGCCAAAGAGUCUUUCAAUGCUGGAGAAACGCCAACGGUACAGCUCCGAAAUAUAAAGGAAAAAGACGCCCGCAUUAUCCUUGCAAGUGCGUACGAGGAUGGUCUUCAGCAGGUAUUUUGUGAGGCGUACCACAUGGGAAUGUAUGGUAGCAAGUACAUUUGGAUGCUGGAGAGCUGGAAUAGUGUUGACUGGUGGAAGAAUGUUACAUUCGGUUGCACUGAGGAAGAGAUGUAUGCAGUGGCACAGAACUACGUGGGGACAGUGUUUCUGGAUCUAAGGGAGGAUAAUAACUACACAGUGUCUGGAUUGAAUGCAAGACAAUACACUGCGGUGUACACCGACUUUACAGACGGACUGGCAUAUGCCGGGUUGGAGUUUGCACCGUUUGGUUACGAUGCCGUCUGGGCGGUGGCCCUAGCGCUCCACAGCGUGGCAAAGCAAUUGGCCUCGGAGAACUCCUCUGUUAGAAUUGAAGAUUUCGAUUACGACAAUACUCAUCAUUUACGGGAGAGAUUGGUGGAGGAGUUGUCAAAGCUUGAGUUUGAAGGAAUAUCGGGCUCUGUCUCAUUCGAUGUCUCGGGAAAUCGCGUCGCUCCUUUUAAAAUCGAACAACUAAUUGACGGAGUUGAAGAAACGGUUGCUAUAUACUUGGAGGAUGGUGGACUGAAGUGGACGCGAGAAGACAGGCUCUUGUUUAACGGGGGUGCCACUCCUAGAGAUGGCCCAUUGAGAGAGAUUGUCCACCUCGGUAUCAGCCCAUCAACAUUCAUCGUCUUCACAUCAUUUGCAGUUCUCGGAAUUAUUAUGACUGUGGCGUUCUUGAUAUUCAACAUAAGCUUCAGGAGUAAGAGGGUAGUGAAGCUCUCCUGUCCGAGUAUCAACAAUGUGAUUGCCAUUGGGUGUUGUAUGUGCUACCUUGACGUCAUCUUAGCCGGUUUGGAGCGAGGCCAAGUCGGUAGAGACACCGUGGAAUAUCUGUGUCUGGCACAUGCAUGGAUACUGCCGAUUUCGUUCACUCUCGCCUUUGGCGGUCUUUUCGCCAAGACUUGGAGAGUCCACGUCAUAUUCAGGAACAAAACCAGGAGGACCAAGAUAUUCAACUACCAUCUCUUUAUGGUUGUAGGCGCAUUAGUCGUAGUUGACGUCAUAAUCGUAUCGGUAUGGACAGCCUGCGAUCCGAUUCAACUCGUCCAAGUCACCCUUGCAGAUCAGGUGGAUCUCGUCGCGGACAAGAUUAUUGUGCGGACGUUGGACAAAUGUGACUCGCCAAAUUCUCCCAAAUUGUUGUGGUCCGGGAUCAUGUUCGGCUACAAAGGAACACUACUUAUGUACGGGGCAUUCCUGGCGUGGGAAACAAGGAAAGUAACCAUGCUGCAGCUCAACGAUUCCAAGUUCAUAGCGAUUGCAAUCUACAACGUGGCUAUUCCAAGUGUUAUCAUCACCCCUCUGGUUUUGUUACUGGAUAUCGAGAGGCCCAACGUCACUUUUACCCUCACCGCAGCGUGUAUUACCUUCGGGACAACUAUCACAAACUGCCUUAUAUUUCUUCCAAAGAUUAUUGCCGUCUGGUCCGAAAGUCAAUCAGAUGGAUCUCAGGACCAGAGAAUAUUUACAACACACAACCAAAUAGCUCCUCAACGUCCAGGUACCACUCUCAACCUUGAUGUUGCCAAACUGAGGGAUAAAGACAGAGAAAUUGUGAAGUUAAAACACCAGCUGGAAGAGAAAGCUACGAGGAUUGGCGAAUUAUUGGAGCUGGUUCAACAUUUCCAGCUACAGCUGAAACUUUGCUCAGAGAAAUCGUAG